AUGCAUCUCCCUGCCUUGACCUUGGCGCUGGCCGGCACCACACUGGCCGCUACAAACUCUACCAAGCCAUGGUCCACGUGGAUGGCCACGUCUUUCUUGUCCAAAGGCCACCCAAUUGACAACCACUACGUUUCUUCAGUCAUCCACGAAGGCAUGCAAAAGGCCGCGACUACACAAAAAGACGCAGCCCUCCUCGCCUACACCUCCAAGGCCCUGUCCUCCAUCGUCUCGUCCAACGGCACUCUCAAAGGCUGGAACUCUACCUUCUACAGUCUUGACGACAUCCGCAUUGGAAACAACAUUCUAUACUUCUGGAACUCAGAAGGUCGCAAGGACAGCAAGUAUGUGAUUGCGGCCAAGGGCCUCCGUGAGCAGCUCAACCGAUGGCCACGCACCCCCGAAGGAGGCUUCUGGCAUCGUGCGCCUACCUACAAAAACCAAAUGUGGCUAGAUGGUAUCUACAUGGCUGAUACAUUUUACGCAACCUACACAGCCUACUUUGAGCCCCAAAACACAACAGCCUGGAACGACAUUGAACUACAAUUCGACCUCAUCGAGGAGCACUGCCGCAACCAGACCACCAACCUUCUCUACCACGGCUUCAGCUCAGAUAAGUCGACUGUCUGGGCAGACCCAGAGACUGGCACCUCUCCAUAUGUAUGGGACCGUGCUCUGGGAUGGUAUUUCGUCGCGCUCGUCGAGGUCUUGGAAGUCUGGCCCAAGACACACCCCGGCUACGCCAAGCUCCUCAAAUACUACAUCACUCUUGCAUCUGGAAUCAAGAAUGUCCAGGACACCAGUGGCGGCUGGUGGCUUCUGAUGGACCCGGAGCUUGCUGGAAGGCAGGGCAACUACAUCGAGUCGAGUGCAACCGCCAUGUUUACUUACUCGUACCUGAAGGGAGUCAGGCUGGGACUCUUGCCGAAGGAAUACCGGAAGACGGCCAGCAAGGCCUGGGACCUGCUGCUGGAUGACUUUAUCCAGUACGAGAAGAACGGCACAAUCAGCUUCACGGGUACCGUGACGGUUGGAAGCUUGAAGGGCGAUGCCUCGUACGAAUACUACACAGGUGUUGAGACGCUCGUCAAUGACGGCAAGGGUGCUGGUGCGUUCAUGUACGCUGCCACCGAGGCGGAGAAGGCUCGAUUGUAG